GCACCUACCCUGCAAGCAAACUGCUGCUGUCUCUCUCUUUAUUUUAGGAGGUGUCACAUCAGCAAUUGGGCUUGAGGAGAGAUUGAAGACCAAGAGGGAACAGUGAUGGAUGGGCUAAUGCCAGGCUCAGAAAAGUGAGCUUUGCCCAGUGCUUCCCAUUUCAUCUGUGCUCGCCCAAGGCAGAAGCUGCCCUUACUGCUCCUCCGGCCCCUCAGCAAGAGUGGCCACACAUCUGAGUCACCAUGGGCAAGAUGGACAACCCCUCUGUGGAGCUGAACUCUCCCUCCGAGGUGAAGCAGGCAGCCCUGGAGGAGCCAGAGCCCGUCACCCCUGAGGUUGUGAGCACCAAGAAGAAGAAGAAGGAGCUCCCAGACAGAGGUUCCUGGAAGGGGAAAUUUGACUUCUUGCUGUCCUGUGUGGGCUACGCUAUCGGUCUGGGCAACGUCUGGCGCUUCCCUUAUCUCUGUGGCAAGAAUGGAGGAGGGGCCUUCCUCAUCCCCUAUUUCCUGACACUGGUGUUCGCUGGGAUUCCUCUCUUCCUUCUGGAGACUGCUCUGGGCCAGUAUACCUCUGUUGGUGGACUGGGAGUCUGGAGGUUGGCACCCAUGUUUAAAGGAGUGGGACUGGCAGCUAUGGUUCUCUCCUUCUGGCUGAACAUCUAUUACAUUGUCAUCAUUGCCUGGGCUCUCUACUAUCUCUUCAACUCUUUCACUGCGGACCUGCCAUGGCAGAACUGCGGGAAUGCCUGGAACACCGACCGCUGCUUCUCCAACUACUCCCUGAAUGACACCACCAACCUCACCAGCGCCGUCACUGAGUUCUGGGAGAGGAACAUGCACCAGAUGUCGGGGGGCCUGGGGGAGCCCGGCUCUGUCCGCUGGCCCCUGGCCGGCACACUGGCCCUGGCCUGGCUGCUGGUCUACUUCUCCAUCUGGAAGGGUGUGGAGUGGACAGGCAAGGUUGUGUAUUUCUCGGCCACCUAUCCCUACUUCAUGCUUUUCAUCCUCUUAUUCCGUGGAGUCACUCUGCCGGGAGCCAAGGAGGGGAUCCUCUUCUACCUCACGCCUGACUUUAGAAAGCUCUCCGACUCCGAGGUCUGGAUGGAUGCAGCCACACAGAUCUUCUUCUCUUAUGGCCUGGGGCUGGGGUCCCUGAUUGCUCUGGGGAGCUACAACACUUUCCACAACAAUGUCUACAGAGACUCCAUUAUUGUCUGUUGUAUAAACUCCACUACAAGUGUAUUUGCUGGAUUUGUUAUUUUCUCCAUCAUUGGCUUCAUGUCACACAUCACGAAGAAGUCAGUCUCAGAGCUGGCCUCCUCAGGCCCCGGACUGGCUUUCCUCGCCUACCCACAGGUUGUCACACAGCUGCCCCUGUCACCUCUCUGGUCAGUCCUCUUCUUCUCCAUGCUGAUGAUGUUGGGUCUGGAUAGUCAGUUCUGCACGGUGGAAGGGUUCAUUACAGCCCUGGUGGAUGAGUAUCCUCAUCUCCUAAGAGCCAGGAAGAAGAUCUUCAUCGCAGUGGUCUGUUUCAUCUCUUAUCUCAUUGGAUUCUCCAACAUCACCCAGGGUGGCAUUUAUGUCUUCAAGCUGUUUGAUUACUACUCAGCCAGUGGCAUGUGUCUUCUCUUUCUUGUCUUCUUUGAGACCAUCUCAAUUUCUUGGUGUUAUGGUGUGAACAGGUUUUACAGGAACAUCGAAGAAAUGAUUGGCUACAAGCCUUGCAUCUGGUGGAAGAUCUGCUGGGCCUUCUUCACACCUCUUGUCUGCCUGGGUGUGUUCUUCUUCAGUGUGGUGGAAAUGACCCCUCUGACACUGGGAAAAUAUGUCUAUCCUGCAUGGGGACAAGGCCUUGGCUGGCUUAUGGCUCUGUCCUCCAUGGUACUGAUUCCAGGAUACAUGCUGUACUCUUUCUUCACCUCAAAGGGGACUCUCCGGCAGCGUUUGCAGCAGAUGACACAGCCCAAAGCAGAGGUGCACGUGCAGAACAACGGCCUCCAGCCAAAGACGUCCUUGAAUGGGAGGAUCUCAGAUGCCACCGUCUAGGAGGAAAGCCUGAACAUCCUCGCCCUGUCCCGUAGCUGCUCGCUCCACAUUGUCCCUCGAGCUCCUCUGGCACAGCUUCAUGUCCCUGGCUCCAUGAUGGCUUUCACUUGUUGAAGAGGGGACCUGGCGGAGGAACCUGCUUGUGUCCCUCCUGGCCUGGCUUACCAAGGUGCUGAACAAGCUGUCACCAGGGCGUUGUGCAGUGACCGUCUUCAUCCUGCAGCAUCCUGGUCCAGGCUCUCAGGGAGGAGCAGCCGGUGCCCACGCCUUCCUCCUCCCGAGCAGAGGUGAUGUCUCUAGAGAGCUUAGACUGACUGUUGUCCACUUCUUUGCUUUUCUUGCCUUUUCAUGUGAAACUCUGCAGAGCAUCCCCCAGCACACAGCUGUGCUUUCACCCCACAGAUCUUGCCGACACUGGGUUCAAAUCGCAGGUGGCUGUUGAUUUAUGGAGCAUAAACCAACACUAACAAACAACUGGAGGGGAUGUGCAGAACAAAGGAUACUAGUGCAGAACAAGGGAUUCUAGUGAGGAGUCCAGCAUGCUGGUAGCUGUAGGACACCACCUCAAAACUGGAGAAGGGCUUAAGGACAAUGUGUGCUGCUCACAGGUGCCAGGUUUCAGCCCUGCACAGUCUCCAGCUGUGUUCCCUGCAUCCAUUG